AUGGUGGAUGCUCCAGCAGUAGAACAAAAUAAAAAUAAUGUCCAAAUCUUUGAAAAACAGUUCUUAAACAUUGAAGUAGAUGUACAAAGUUCAGCUGAAAUGGUAGAUGCUCCAGUAGUAGAACAAAUAUUUGGCAGUUGGGACGAAUUAGAUCAUUUUGUAUCUUUCUAUACAAAGUCACAAAAUUUUGUCAAGUUUGUUGAAGCUGUCGAUAUACUUGUGAAUAUCAAGGUUAUAGUACUACAAAGAAUAAGACAAAUAUUAUUAAGAAUCAACGACAAACACAAAGUAAACAUAUUAGAUGCUAUUGGCAGAUUUGUGCAACAAGAUGAAACAAAUAAGUUUGCUUCUAAAUAUCGCGCAUUCUCUGAAGAUAUGUUGAAAGAUAUUAAGUUUUGGACAGAAAUUGUUAAUCUUAAUAUGAGAAAGAGACAAGAUGACA